AUGCGCGGCUCCCUGGUCUACGCGCAACUCCCCUGUCGAGAUUUGCGGGGAAACCUUGUAAUCUCGCGCGCUCUCGCGGCGCACCCACUCCCCGUGUCGCCGCACCGUAUGCCGCCGCCACGAGUCGCCAUGUCCGCGUCGGCACAGCCCGCCCCCUGCUCCCUGCGCUUUCGCGCACUGCAGCAUGCGGAGGCGCGAGGAGAUGUAACGCGCGCAAUUACAUGCGGCGCGCACGUCCGUUCCGAUCCAAGCUUCCCUUCAUUACGUUGCGCAAACGGGCUGCCGGACGACUUCAUGGGGCGGCUGACGGCGGCGCUGGGCGAUCUGCAGCACCGCUUCCAGGGCUCCGUCACCAACGUCUCGCUAGGUCCGCUGUACGGCGAGUACGGCACGUUCCUCCCCACGCACGUCACGUCGUCCGGGGCUGCUGCGGCGCCCUCCGCGCGAGACGCACCCCGCAGCGGUGGGGGGACAGCGGCAGGAGCAGGCGGAGCCGGGGGGGGAGCUGGUAAUCCAGGCGCGGGGGGGGCGGGGGCGGCGGGAGGGGCGGGGGCGGCAGGAGGCGGCGAGGACGGCGGGAAGGACGGCGCGGGGGGCGGGCGGGCGGACGGAGGCGCGGAGGCGGGCGAUGGCGGGCAGUCCGCGCGCAGCGAGGGCGACUGCAUGCAGGUCAUUCCGCUGCUGGAGGCGGACAUGGGCCCCACGGGCAUGCUGGCAGUGGCGCGCAGCAGCGUCCCCGCCGCCAUCCCCGGGCCUUCCGCCGCGUGGCUCCGCGAGCAGCAGAGUCACAGCCACGCGCACGCACCAGCACCACCACCACCACCACCACCACAGCCACUCCGCGGACGCCGCCGACGGCGCGGAAGGGGCGGACGGGCGCGCGGGGAGCGGCGGGACGGGUCAGGCGGGGGGACGGGAGCGGGGACUCAGGGGAGGGCGAGGAGGAGGGGAUGCAGGAGCCGCCUCGCUUCCCGCUCUGCUAGCCCUGCGUCCCGCGCCAGGCUAGGCACGCCGGACGGCGCGGGGUACAGCCCUGGGUUACCCGCGAAAAAAGAGGGCGGUGGCGGGGUUUCUGGGCGGAAGGCAGGCGGAGGCAGCGGGGGAAAGGAGAGGGGGCUGGAGGAGGAGGGUGGCGCAGGGGGGAAGGACGGGAAGGGCGCACGGGAGGGCGGGGAUAAAGUGGUGGAGGUGAGGAGUGAAGGGGGCAAGAAGCGGGGGAAGGGGGAUGCGGCCCAGGGGAAGGGCGGAGGGGCGGACGCACAGGGGGGGCGGCCAGGCGCAGGGGCGCGGGAGGGCGGUGGCGCCUGGGCGGGCGGCAGCAAGGAUGGCGCGCGGGGGAAGGCGCAGGGGGGGGAGCAGGGGGAGGCGAGGGCGGAGAGGGGGGUGGUGGGUGCGGGAGAGAAAGAGGGCGAGCGGGCGGUGGUGGGUGGUGGAGGAGAGGUGCGAGAGGGGAAGGAGAAUGGCGCGUGGGGCAAUGGUGUUCCCAGUGGGUCUGGAUCAGAGGAGGCGGGCGGGGAGAGGUGGAGAGAGAAGGAGGGCGCGAGGUGGCGGGGUGAGGGGAGGGAGAGGGGGAGGGGCAAGGAGCGGGGUGGGGAAGAGGGGAACGGGGAGGCGGGGAGGGAAGAGGGAACGAGUGAUGGUGGCAAGGCGAGGGAGGGAGGGAGGGAGAAGAAGCAGCGGAAGCAGGGGAGGGAGGAGAGGGAUGGUGAGGGGCAGGGAGACGCAGCGAGGGGUGGUGAGAAGCGAGGUGGGGAGAAGGAGGCAAGGCGGCGGGGGGACGGGGAGGGUGAGAAGGAGGGCGAGAGGGAUGGCAGCAGGAGGGGUACACAGGGUGGGAUGAACAGCGCGAGGGGGGGGGCGGCGAGAGAGGCAGGGAGGGCGCGGAGGAAGGGGAGGAUGCUGUAG